UUUUUAUUGUAUGACAAUCAAGACUACAAAGCCAUCUUUGGAGAAACGCUAUUUCAUUGAACUGAGGAAAAGAAUUGUGUUGUCCAUUUACGUAAAAUAAAAGAAAAUGGGUACCCGAGUAUACAUUGGUAGAUUGUCACAUCAUACUAAAGAAAGAGAUGUAGAGAAGUUUUUUAAAUCAUAUGGCAGAAUCAGAGAUAUUAUGAUGAAAACUGGUUAUGGCUUUGUUGAAUUUGACGACCACCGAGAUGCUGAUGAUGCUGUUUAUGAAUUAAAUGGUAAAGAUUUGAUGGGAGAAAGGGUUGUAGUAAAUCAUGCCAGAGGUCCACGCAGUAAUGAUGAUUACAGAGACCGUCGUGGUGGUGGGGGGUUCAGAAGUCGUGGAGGUUACAGCAGUAGGGGAAGGGGUAGCUUUUUUGAUAGACGACAAGCUAGAAAUGACAAGUAUGGACCCCCUACAAGGACUGGUAACAGAGUGAUAGUGGAGAAUUUAUCGUCUCGAGUCAGUUGGCAGGAUUUGAAGGACUAUAUGAGACAAGCUGGAGAAGUGACUUAUGCUGAUGCUCAUAAGAAAGAAAAGAAUGUUGGUGUUGUAGAGUUUUCAUCUGCUGCUGAUUUAAAGAAUGCCAUGAGUAAACUUGAUGGUACUGAAAUCAAUGGUAGAAAGAUUCAUCUUAUUGACGACAGUUCUAAAAGGAGCAGAAGUCGUAGUCGAAGCCGUUCUCGACGACGAAGUUCUUCAAGAAGCAGAAGCCGAUCCAGGAGUCGAAGUGCCAGUCGUCGUCGAAGUGCCAGUCGCAGCAGAAGCCGAAGUGUCAGUCGUAAAAGAGACUCGAGAUCCAGAUCUAAGACUCCUGUACCACAGAAUACCAAACCCAAAUCACGAUCAAGGUCCCCUGGUACUCCUUAGAACAGACUUGAUCAUAUCUUGCAUGUAAAUAGAUAUCUUCACAAUGUCCUGCUCCUACCAACUACAUAAAUAUACCUUACUAAAAUAGCCCUCUUUGUAAUAACAGGGAAUGUAGCCAUUUGAUUGGAUUGUACACCAAUCAGGGCCCUUGGCAGAGAGAAUGUAAACAUUGUGGCUUCAAUGAUACAAGAAGGUGGCUAAUGCAGUCAAGGUAUAAGUUUGUAAUAGCUUAACAUUGUGAAGAUGGUCAAUAAGAGGGAAAUCUUUUUUCAUCCAUUUAAAUCACGAGAAUUGUGAUACUCUUAACAGACAAAUUAAUGCUUUACCACAUGAUGCAAAAAUAUUUCAUUUUCAUUUUUUGUUUCACUAAUUUUUUUUGUGGACUUUUGUGCUAAAUUUCAUUAGAAAUUCAUGUUAUUAUUGUAUGUGAAUAACAGCAAUGAUCAGUAUUCUUUUACAUUGUGAUAAUCUUGACAAAAUUAAAGCAUUGACAAAAUUUUUGAUCAUAUGUUCUUCAAAAAAUUCAUGUCACUAAAAUUGUGAGAAAUUUACACAAAAAUUAGUAAUAUGAUGUUAAGAAGGGUUAAAAUGCUGGAUGUUAGAGUGACAAUAUCAGACCUGUAAACAGGCUAUACAGGUUAUUAAGAGAUGUAAAUUCAGUUGUGUGUUCUAUUGUAUUCUAAUUGUAUGUGAUACUUAGUCUUUAUCAUAUUCCAAUAAAAAAAACAAAGUUUUUGUAUCUAACUUUUU